GAUACCUACACAACCAUGGCCAGGAACCUAUGGGUUUCAUGUGUGUUUAUGGUACUCCACUUAAUAAUCAACAUAUCAGGUGAGGUGAUACCGGGAAAUGUCACAGUGCACAUAUGGGAGGGGAACGUAACCGUUACCUGGGAUCCUCCUCAGAAAAACCCAGGGGGUUGCCUCUAUCAGGUUCAAAUGUCAACAUCGGAAUCUCCUAGUGUCUGGGUCAAUGUGUCCCAGUGUAGUCUGCUUACAUCGACAAUAUGCAAUGUGGGAUACCUUUCAAGUGAUUUAAAGUUCAAAGUGCGUGUUGGCAUACCCGUGACUCAAAACAAUAUUUCCUGGAGUACUACAAAAUACAAUAAUAUGAGAAAGAGUCAAUUGUUCGCGCCUACUUUUGAACUGUCAUCCACCUCAUAUUCUGUGCAAGUGAAAAUACACAGGAAACAGAUGCUUGAAAAUGUCUUUCCCUAUGGGGUGCAAUAUACUUCCUAUGUAUGGCCAGAUGGGCAAGAAAACAAGACGAUGAUAAAGAGUGACGAUGACAUGGACGAUAAUGGUGAGAUCAAUUUCAACGCAUUGCAAUCACUACAAGUAUACUGCGUGCGUAUAAAAGUAGAGUCUACAUCAACGUUUGCUACAAACAUCUCUCCAGUACACUGCAUAAAGCUACCACUAGAUCUAACGCUGGUUUUCGGCAUGAUCCUUCUCGGACUUCUGAGUAUUGUGGCUCCCGUGAUGCUCUUUGUCUGUUUCAUGAAGCGACCUCGGGAAAUGCCUACUGCUCUGAAACCUGUUGCAAGCGGAUGGCGCCCCAUGACGAUAGGACCCGUCCAAGUGGAGACGGUGAAUAACAAAGGAUGGAUACUCAUCGCCGACACGGCGACGAAGAUGCAAACGUCGGACAAGAUUACCGAAUAUUCCGAGGAAGAUAAUGAAAGGAGAGAAAGCCUAGACAGUGGAGUGAGCAUGGAUCACUUGAACCUGUCCGAGUCUGGCAGCGACACGAUAAUUCAUGAACCAGUACCAGACAUAUCAGUAGACAGUGGGUGUGGGAGUCUGAAACUGACCGAGGGCUGUCAGAGUGGCACAGGAGACGCUGGAGCACAGUAUUCGCCACAAAAUACACAUCGUAGGGGUAGACACGAGGGAGGGGAGGAGGACAGUGGUUUGGGAAUGGGCCACCAAUUUCAGAUUUCAGACUCUCUAGAAGGGGAAGAAGGUGGGCUGUUGUCCGAGGUAGUGGUUGGAGACGGAUAUCGGAGUCAAAGCCCUUCAAGCGUUGAUGAGACUACGCCAAAUGAGACUACACAGCUUUGUGGCAUAGAGACAAACAUUGCGUUCCCAUCCUGUGGCUACAGGUCAGGAGGUCAGGUGACAUGUAUGUGUUCGGACCAUGAGUACUGCAUUUGGUGCAAAUCUAAAAAACCUUCGAUUGAAGACUCUCCACAGACUCAAGAGAGCCACUCUUCGGUGCCUAUCUACCUAAAAAAGGGACAUGUCCAGACAGAAACCUUUUGUAAUGUGAAGAAUGAGCAUGAACAGUCAGUGUUUGUCUGGGAAAAUGUGAACUAUACUGAUUCCUGUCAGUUUCUCUUGUCAUGCCGACCACUUCUCCAAAAUGAGAAGCCACAAUCCUGUUUAUUGAACACUCAGCCUUUCACACUUGAUGAUGUGGAACUGACAUUUUCUUGA